CCUCGCGGGGAGCGAAAACUAUCACUCCGAUAGCCCCGCGGCUCACGACGUACGACCCGCGCGACGUACUCGCACUUUGCUUUGCACCACAGGGAAGCAGAGAUCCCGAACCCUUAGGUGGCACAGAGGCCGAGUCCGGGAACCAUGGCACCCACAGCCGCGUCGCUCAAGUCCAUGGUGUUAUCGUUCGUCAGUCUGACGGGCGCAUCUGAAAGGACGGCGCAACGGUAUCUUAAGAAUUCCAGUUACAAGCUCAACGAUGCGGUCGACGCCUCAGGCAGCGGUGUCGGUACGCCUUCGCCUUUGGAAAGCGACUUGAAUAAGCUCUUUGAUAGCCUACGGCAUCCGAGUGAUCCGCCAGACUCGCUAGGACUGGAUUCGACCAGCAGCUAUCUUCAGGAUCAACUCGCCAUCAACCCUGAGACGGCCGAGCUCCUUGUCGCUAUGGAAGUCGUCCAGGCCCCGGCCGUGGGAGAGAUCAGCCGGAAGGGCUUCGUCGAGGGAUGGAAGACGGCUGGAGUCCCGCCAACCGCAAAGGACCAGUCCAGGCACGUCAAAUCCCUCAUCAAAAAGCUCUCUACCGAUUCCGCCUUGUUCAAGAAGGUGUACCGCUACACCUUCGUCGCGGCCAAGGAGCCGGAUCAGAAGGCCAUCAGCCUCGAAUACGCCUUCAUCUACUGGGACACCCUCUUCAGCCGCCCCGGCAUGCAGUGGAAGAGCGAAAAUCACGACUGGCUCGACGUGUGGAAGGCAUACCUGACCGAGAUGUGGUCGCGCUCCGUGAAUCGGGACAUGUGGAACAUGACUCUCGAGUUUGCCCUCAAGUCAAUGCAGGAUGAGACCUUGUCCUUCUGGAGCGAGGACGGGGCCUGGCCCAGUGUCAUCGACGACUUUGUCCUUUGGUGUCGGAAUUCGGGUCGCGUACCCAAGGCCGAGAGAAUGGAGACGGGUGCUUAGACAGGAGAGGGUCCUGUCAGGAAAAGGACCAUAGACAUACACAAAUAGCCGGGUAGCCACCAUACUUACAUAUAACGACGUCUCGAGUUGUCCAUCUUUUUCACCAACUAUCCGUGCGGAGAUAUGGCGACGUGACCUUCGCGGCGUAUGUAUUUCUUCCCAGAGGCUUUCUCUUUCCCGAGUGUCUGUUGUACAAUUCGAACCCAGCGAACUGUCGGCAUACCGUCCCGACUCUAUCCAUUGUACUGCCCAGUACACCGGCCACGAGUAUGCCGUGAUCCCAGGUAAUCCCCCUAUCUUACACUC